CGCAAAAGCGGGCGUGUGACAGAGGGUAGUGUCCUUCGCCUAUGGAAGCAAUGGGCCAACCAGGCCCUUACCGAGGGCAUCAUAUCCGACGCAAUUAUCGACUCCAACCAUCUGAUCGCAUACUUGAAGUAUGCUGCGACAUGCAAACUUCUCACCAGUCAAGGCUGUGAGAGAGAAGGGAACCAGAGGCUCUCUGCGCUUGAUCCGCACAGUGCCGAAGAUUUCGACGUGAUGUCCAACACGAUCCUUGACUCACAGAUCCUCCCACACCACUUCGAAGAGGUCAAGAAGUCCAUUUUCAUGGGACUGAAUCAGCUGCCGUCCAUCAUCAAGGCACACUUCUCGUGGACGUGGCAAUGCACGAUGCUCAAUCGUGGCGACGAGCUCAUUAACCUGCUCAUAUGCUGCAUCCAGCCUCACCAGAUCUACAUAUCUGACUACACCACUGCCGAUGGAAGGCGAAGCGGGCUCGGACGGUUUGAACCCGACUACAACUUUGUUCUGCCUCAUCGCGACCCCCUGCACUGCUCGAUUGGUGCACUCGCCAUCCUGCUGCACUACAUCUUUGACCGAGAGAAGAUCCUCGAGCAGGUUGGUGGUUGGAACUGGUCUCGUGCUUCGACGUGGCAGAAGGUACAAUCUUACCUGUCAUUCCAGGUGCCACUUCUGUUUGGCCGGAAAGUGGGUGAACUGUGCAGUGCAGAUGCGAUGCAGAAGAUGUACAAGAUGUUCCUCCUGCCGACCAGCAUUAAGUCGGCCAAGAAGAUGCAUCUGGCACGCCGUACUCUGCCUGGCAUUAUGGAAGAUAUGGGUGUGAACAUGGACGAGAUCGAUGGGGUGGGCCACUGGACGGGCAACACACGUCGUGAAGCUGUGACCGCACUCGCCGGCUUCUAUGUAGGAGAACAGUAUGACGUGCCGUGGGUGACAGUAGACGUGCCACAAGACUUGCAGAGCCAAAUUUUCCCCUUCGUGGAAGAAGCCCUCAUAAGCAUGGAUGCCCACGAGAAGAUCAACCAUGGCACGGUGAACUUCCUGGAGCUUCUACAGCAGCUCCGGCCCUUCUUCUGGCGGGCCAUGGGAGCAAUCCACGAAGCAUUCCCUGAGUCAGUGCUCUUCAAGCGGAUGGAGGUUCUGCAGAGCGAGCAAGCCCGACAUUUCCUCACAAGCUGGCCCGCCGCAUGCCAAGUGAAGGAUGCUGGGGCACAAGAUGCGAUGGACACUGCCGUCACCUUCUCGGAGAGUGCAAUGCAGAGCGUGUUCAUGUCGAUCUCCAUCAGUUCACGGCAGAUCGAGUCUGCUCUUCGUGAGCAUUCGCAGCAGCUCGGCAUCAUUGCGUGA